AUGUGCUUUGGCCCUUUUCUGGUGUCGGUCUUGCCGACAUUCCCCACUGGUGACUGGAACGAUGGAUUGGUGGCUAAAGACGCAAACGACGGCAAACCAUUCUUUGCGCGUGUCUGUCUGGCCCCGUUCCCGGCGUUCGGAACACCUGGCAUGGAACCUAUGUCGACUACUUUGAUCUUUCGAUCGGGCGCAAAUUACGAACAGGUAAUUUAUGAAGCCAAAUCUUCGUUAUUUGAUGACAUUGUUGUCGCCAAGUUCGCUCGUUUUCCGUGGGAGGUUCAAUACAUCGAGAAUGAAACCACAGCAUAUCAAUGGAUAUCCGGCCGUAAAAUAGGACCGCAAAUUCUCGGCCACUUGACCGAACAUGGUCGAGUGAUCGGGCUUUUAAUGGAACGCAUUACCGGUGCACGUCAUGCCGGCGCUGAGGACAUUGAGGUCUGCAGGGAGGCAUUGUCUCGGCUGCAUAACCUAGGAGUUCGACACGGAGAUACCAAUCGAUUUAACUUUCUCAUCCGUGAGUCGAAGGCUACUUUGAUCGAUUUCGACAUGGCUCAGAAAUGCGGAGAUUGUCGCAAUCAAGUAGAAGGUUACUUUCUUGAAGCAGAAAAAUUCAUCCGUAUGAAAGGUCUGAAGCGCAAGAAAUCCCGCAAAGUUCGUCUUCUCCAUCAUUGCUAUGUCCUCGAGCGCAUAUUCCACGAGAGUAUCUUCAUUUGUGGCGCCGACUCUACCCAGCGUCGACUUGUCCGCCGCACAAUAAAGUCUCAGCGGCCUUGCACCGGCGAAUAUCGACAGUCUGUCUUUUCGUCUGUAUAA